AGCCGUGAGCCUUGAUGGGGGGGAGCACGAUGGCAAGACAGAGCCCUUUCACCCUUCACUGUACGUCAGAGUAUGGCACCUUGACAAGCCAGCCCUCAGCCUCAAACAUGGCGUUCUGAGAAGUGUGGAUGCAACACGAGAGCGAUGCACAAACAGUUCUGCAAACAUUGCGGAUGUCAUUGGCAGACAUGCGAGCAUAACGUACUUGGCACAACGGCGGACGGGCCGUGAUGGUCCAGGACGUUUUGAUGCUCCUCCUGGCCUUGGUUCUCAGCCUAUGGCGCCUGUGCAUCCAGUCGGUGGCUUGCAGGCGGAAGGGGUACAGUCUCAGAAUUCUUAGGAUCAGGAGUUGAGCAGCUCAUCGUCUUGGCCGUCAAGUGCAAGAGCCAGAACAUGGCAGACUAUUGCCAUAUUAUACUGGUUGCAAAGAAUCGCCCGGUGGUGGCGCCACAGGUCGAAGCUGACCAGGCCCACCGAACCAUCCAUAAGCUCGAUCAUGAGUUGCAGGCCUGGGCGGACCACUUUGGCGACGCUGCACAUGCCGUCGAGGAGCAGAACGCGGUCGUAUCAUCGAUCCCCGAAGAGAUCACCAAGCAGGAGGAUACCUACAAGGAGGCAAUCACACAACUUCAUGGUAAAGUUGCUCCGUUGACGCUUUCGCUGGCUGACGUGCUCAGUAGGGAAGGUCUUGACGAGUCUUGACAGGGUGUUACCAUGUGGGCCAGGCUUGUUUGACCUGGGCGGUCACGCUUAUCUCAUGGAUGAUGGCACCACUGAGGAUCGGGGCCCUGAGGCCGUCUUUGAGAUAUAGUUUCGGGCACCGGUAGAAGACGUUGCCUGACCCUCUCAAGGCGAAUGCGGGCGCCUGCUACCAGGAAUGGCAAGCCGUCGACGGGAGGCUGGCGGGCAAGACGCGACGAGCGGAGGAGGGGCAGGCUCCAGGCAGUGCGUCACAGCAGUCCGAGGAGAGGAGGCGAACCAAACGGGCAACGUCCAGUCGCCUUCGGCCCGAUCCGCCACCGUGCCUAGGUUGUAG